GCAGCCGCCUCCUUUCCCAGAGUCCCUUGCGGGCAAAGCCGACGACCUCGUAGCAGCGGCAAGAUGGCGGACAGGCCCGUCCCCGUUAAAGACAUGCCGCUUCUGGACGUGAAAUUGGGUCAGCUCCCGUCAUGGUUGGCGACGCGGAAUUACAGCCCUACUGGGGUCAUUAGCGGUUGCCGGAGCGGUUACAACCGAUUUUAUAACAAGUACAUUAAUGUGAAGAAAUGCGGCAUUGGGGGUAUUGCUAUGAUGCUGACUGGUUAUGUGGUAAUCAGCUAUAUCUGGAGCUACGACCAUAUUAAGCAUGACCGUUGGAGGAAAUAUCACUGAGGCUGAAUUGACCAGAAGAAUACAGACAACCCAUGUGUGACUACCAGUGGGAAAAGGAGAUCCCGUCAACUGAAGAUUCUCUUCUGUCAUUAGUAGUCUGUGACCAAUAAUAAAACACUGCUUGUAUGUGAAACUUAGAA